AUGACAGCGCGCUUCGUGGCACAUGAUGAAGAAGCGUUCCGCAAGAUCCUCGGCCCAGAGCCAACCCUGGAGCUCCUCCUAGAGGACAACAGCUACCCGUUCGCCCACGAAGCCGGAGUGUACCUUCAGUCCUCGGAUGCGCUGUUCGUCACGAGCAAUCGGUUCCGCGACCCCGAUUCAGAGCAGCAGCGCGUGCAGAUCUCCAAAGUCGUGAUCGGUGGCGCAUCAAGAGGACGCGGCACCGUGCGAGAGGAAGUCGACUCUUCUGCGGUCCCGAUGGGGAACGGCGGUGUCAAUUAUGGCGAAGACAGUAUCUUAUUCUGUGCACAGGGUUCUCAGGAGCUGCCAAGCGGCCUAUACGUUAUGAAGACAUGGGCGCCAUACGAGACUAGCUUGUUGCUCUCUGGCUACCACGGUCGCCCUUUCAAUUCAGUCAACGAUGUCGUGAUACAUACGGAUGGAUCUAUCUGGUUUACCGAUCCUCCUUAUGGCUACGAACAGGGGUACCGACCAAGGCCAAAACUCCCUAGCCAGGUGUACCGGUAUAACCCCAAGACCAAAAGCAUUCGGGCGAUGGUCGAUGGCCUGGGUCACCCGAAUGGUAUCUGCUUCUCCCCAGAUGAGAGGACGGUAUAUAUCACGGAUACCGAUUGGUACCAUGGUGGAGGGAGCACUGACGAUGCGAAGGCUUCGACUAUCUACGCUUUUGAUGUGAUGUUUUAUCACGAAGAGCCGUUUCUGACGAAUCGAAGACUAUUCGCAAUGGCGGACAAGGGUAUACCAGAUGGCAUCAAAUGCGAUAUGGAUGGCAAUGUGUACAGUGGCUGCGGAGACGGAGUCAACGUCUGGUCCCCAGGCGGUGUGUUAUUGGGGCGAGUUAUAGUGGAGGGAGGUGCAGCGAACUUCUGCUUCGGAAAAAGGGGCGAGAUGUUUAUCCUGAACGAGACUCGACUGUGGCGAGCACAGCUCGGUAUUCAUGUGCGAGGGGCGCUACUGGGCAUCUAG